GGCAAUACUCCCUGACCAGUUUUGCGGGGUUGCUCCCAGUUCCAUUGCUUUUAUAACAGGUGGCCAGAAAGCUUGGGGUCCCGUGAUAAGAGUUUCAGUUCUUUCCAGGAUGGAUGGAAAGAAGGAAGGAAGGAUGGAUGGAUGAAUGAAUGAGUGGGUGAGCGGAUGGAUGGAUGGAUGAAUGGAUAGAUGGGCCAGAGGCUGGGAACGGUAAUGCCGGCCAGACGGGUCCGAGCCCCUCGGGAGCCCCAGCCCUCCUCCGGCUGCGGGGCCGCUGCUCCUGCUCCCAGGCCGUCACGGAGCCCUGAGGGAGGGGGCGGGCGGGGGCCCUGGGGCGGCCAGGGCGCUGGGAGGGAGGACGGGGCGGUGGGGACCGGAGGGGAGGGAGGGCCUUGGAGGCGGAGAGGAGGGACGGGCGGGGAGAGGGCCCGGACGAGGGGCGGCGGGCACCGCAGGAGCUCCGCGCGGCUGCAGCGCGGGCGGGAGCGGGGACGCGAUGUCGCCGCCGCCGCCUCCUUGCGGGCCGGGGCUGCGCCUCCGGGGCUGAGCCGCCGCCAGAGCCGACAGCCGAGCAGCCGCCGGGCGCUCCCGCGGCGCAGGACGAUGGGCUGCGGCGGGAGCCGGGCGGAUGCCAUCGAGCCCCGCUACUACGAGAGCUGGACCCGGGAGACAGAAUCCACCUGGCUCACCUACACCGACUCGGACGUGCCGCCCAGCGCCGCCGCCCCGGACAGCGGCCCCGAAGCGGGCGGCCUGCACUCGGGCGUGCUGGAAGAUGGACUGCCCUCCAAUGGUGUGCCCCGAUCUACAGCCCCAGGUGGAAUACCCAACCCAGAGAAGAAGACGAAUUGUGAGACCCAGUGCCCAAAUCCCCAGAGCCUCAGCUCAGGCCCUCUGACCCAGAAACAGAAUGGCCUUCAGACCACAGAGGCUAAAAGAGAUGCUAAGAGAAUGUCUGCAAAAGAAGUCACCAUUAAUGUAACAGAUAGCAUCCAACAGAUGGACAGAAGUCGAAGAAUCACAAAGAACUGUGUCAACUAGCAGAGAGUCCAAGCAGAAGGGCAGAUGGACUUCUUCAGUGUCCUUCACGGCACUGGAUCCCAUCAAAGAACCUUGAAGAAGUGGCUGCCCCUUGCUGGACCUGAAUGCUACUGAGUCCCUGGCAAGACUGUCUUACCUGGCAGCAAACUGCUGCCUGAUUUGUUGGGACCUUCUGAGCCUUCUACUUAUCAUGUAAAUGUAUUGGCACAGUGCUUACAUAUGUUAAUAAACUGCAAAUGUGUAGUUCAGUUUGUCUCUUUGCAACUCCUGUAAUACGGUCUGGUGUAAAAGUAGUGAGUUAAAGCUACAGGUCAGUUUAUGAAACAGAAAAGUAGGAAUGCAUUUUCUGGGUGAAAGAGUCACACCUUAGUGCUAUAACUCUCCUGCCCAUGAUAGUGUAUUCUGUUUCAGGCAAGCUUAUUCUUUCCUUCUUUCAUUUUAAAUAUUGUCAUUACAAAUCUUACCAGGUUCACUUAAAAGCUGGCUUUCAUCCAACUCUAAACCCACAUAUUGAAAAAAUCAAGGUACAGGAAAACUCCUUGUUAUCCUUGUUUCCUUAGCUUGGUAUGAGACAGAUCGGAUCCAGUUUCCCAUGCACCAACCCACUGCCCAUGGCAUGUCUUUGGGAGGUGUCUGUGAAGCAGUCAUACCUGCUCCUCAUCUGCCUGGAAAGUCCUCCUAUUCCAGUGUCCAUGUUGGCCUCCAGUCCUUAAUGUCACCAUGCUUGUGGCCAAUGCAUCCAAAUAAGGAUACCCCUCAGGGCUCAGCUAGACAUUGCAAUUUUGCAUAGCUUUCCAGUUCCCUUUGCUUGUCUUCUUGACUGUCUUCCCUCUCUAUCGGGGUCACUUGCAAUUGUUAAUCAAAGAUUGAACACUGCGUAGGAGAGGGAGACGAUCCAGAGACAUGUGGCAGCAGGCAUGGCUUCCCCUUGGCCUCCCUGUACACUGCCCCAGGACUGUCAUUUUGGCAUCUGCAAAGGAAUCACUUUAGAAAGCCAGCACCUGGUUGAUGUAUAUUCAUACUGACAUUAGAUUGAUGUGCACUGCAUUAGAAAUGAGGUAGCUGACACAGAAAAAGGAUGUUUUGAUAGGAAUAAUUUUCUAGUAUGUCUUGAAACAUGUUCAUCUGGAAGUAUUUUCCUCCAAAGUAAUGUAGCAUGAUUUUUCAAGGAUUGUUAACAUGCCUGGGAUUGGGAAAGAUAGGACUAAAGUUGUGCCAAACUACAUCAAUAAAUUCCAUGUUUAGCAGAAAUAGGCAGCCUAUUGGUGUUAUGUUUAUGUAACAUAGUCCAGAGAACUGACAUGCAGGUCAAAAGUCAGAUACGCAACCUCCUUAUCUGCUAACUCUGUUAUUCUUCAAACACAAGUGGGUAGUGUCAUUUUUCCUUCCUUCCUUCCAUUGGCAGAUUGUAUGUUUAUUCACUAAACAUUAAAUGUCCAUCGUGUGCCAGGUACUAUGCAGAUGUUGAGGGAUUUGGGGUCUGGUUAGUCGUGACUAUCUAUCCUGAAUCUAACAGUGACUUCAUAACUAGGAGACUGAAUUAGACCCUUAAGGUAUAGUGUGUGUUGCAAAUCACUCUGCAACGGAAACUUUUAUAUUCAGGGUAGGUUUGUGUCUUAAACUAGGUGUUCUAAUCAAUGUACAAGACUUUACCAUACACGAAACUAUAGUUUUUCUAAACCUUCAUCAUUUUGUGAUUCUUUGAGAAAGGGCUUUUAGGAACUCUAUGUUCUAAAAAAUGUUUUUAAUAAUAAUAAAAGAAAAGAAAAACCUGUGAUUCAUAUGUCCCCACUGGCAUUACUCAGCAGGAGCCCCCAGCUGCCAAAGGUUGGCAGUGAUCCUGCAAGUUCAAGGGCUCUUUCUCCCUGGGGAUGUGCUUUGUGGCUUCUCUUUACAGCUUUGUUUCUGCAUCAGUUCACUGCUGCAUGUUGUUUGGAAUUUAUCACCUUAAGAAAGUGUCUCUGUUUUAUAUAGAAACACUUUCUCACUUACAGGGGAGAAGGAAAUGCAGGGCACAUGAUCUGGCCCUCCCCAGAACAAUCUGGAUUUCAUGGAGACAGCAACCAGAAGUUAAACCAUGUGACUAAAAAUGCAUCUGGCUACUUUUUCAUGUAUGUAUGAGACAGAAACUAAUCCUUACUAUCCUAUUAGGAUAACACUUUUCAUUUCAAAGUUUGUGUCAAUAAAGUCAUUAACUUUAAACAUA